AUAUAUAUAAUUUCCAUGGAGAGAGAGAGAGAGAGAUGGCGAGGAGCUUGUCCUACAUCUCGUCCUCGCAGCUCAUCUCCAUUGCUCGAAACCCUAGAAUUGCAAUCAUCGAUGUCAGGGACGAAGAGAGGAACUACGAUGCCCACAUCGCUGGUUCUCAUCACUACGCUAGCGACACGUUCUCGGAUCGGAUCCCCAGCCUCAUCGAUGCCGUCAAGGGCAAGGACACGCUUGUAUUCCAUUGCGCGCUCAGUCAGAUAAGAGGACCAACUUGCGCUCGCACGCUUCUGAAUUAUCUAUCUGAAACUAAAGAGGGUUCAGAAAUUAAGAAUGUUAUGGUUUUGGAGCGCGGCUUCAAUGGAUGGGAAGCUUCGGGCAGGCCUGUUUGUCGUUGUUCUGACAUUCCCUGCAAAGGUGAAAGUUCUUAAAUUUCACAACAAUCAUAUUAGAAAUAAAACACGACGAACCAUUAUAUUACUGAAUUGUUGUUCUUCAUCAUAUAGUGUACCAUUUAUAAAAACAAGCAUGCCACUCAAUUAUUACUAUAGUUCUGGAUGAUGAUUCUGCUUGACUUUUUCCAUCAUCAGUUGAAAUACUUAAUAGAAGUUUCGAAUUUUUCUAGAGAACAUGUGUAUGUGUAUUUAAAGUUUUAUUACCGAUUAUAGAUAAAAUUCUUGC